AUGGAUGAUGAGCAGUUCUUGGACUUGGUGGACAGGCUCACAGAUGAGAAUUUUCUGGCCUUUGUGGAGCAGUUUGCUCAGGAGAACUGUGCCGUGUUUGCUGGCUUCGAGACAGAGCAUUUGCAUUGUUUCCAUACGCUCCACCAGCAGUACCAGCGUUUGUUCGAGUCGCGAGCAGAAGCCUGGUUUCGAGAGAAAGGUUUGCGCCCUGAGGUCUUAGCCAUCUCUGCUGACAAGCCAGCCAGCUUGGCCCGCGACUUGGCUGAUUCCUUACUGGCCGUCAGUGACUACCAGGCCUUCGUGACCAUGAUGCGACGCCGGGUGAGUGACAGUGGUGACCAGGUUGAUGAUGCGGAUGCAGGGACCGGAGGGACCCAAGUCUCGUCGGCAGAGAUGUCUCCUACGGAGGAUUGGCGGAAAACUGCCGUGAUGAUGGCGAACGCCGCCAGGGUGAUCUCUUGGAGAGCUAGAGGCGUGCCAAGCGACGCGCCAGAUGAUCCUCCCACAGGGAGCAGGCUGCCAGCCCCAAGCGGUGGAUACCGCGAUGACCACAGAUGA